AUGUUCCGGCUUCUGCUACUUGUCGUUGUCACCUUACUGCUCGACCAAUCGUCUGCUUUCGAGGUGGCUCUGUUCCCAUCGACUGGCUGCUAUAGCCAUGAUGUGAUGAUGCGAGAAGUUGGUGAAGCUCUGGGACCGUCUGCGAACGUCACUUGGAUUCAGACGUUUAUUUUCGAUUUUGGAUUCGGUGAAAUCGGACUGCCGUCGAAUUGGAGCCGUAUCAGCUUACGGGGUCACGACGACGAGAGAACACCAUAUAGUGCUUAUGGAAUGACGUUUGGUCAACGUGUCGGCAAUUCACUUUUCCAUUCCAUCAUUGUUUUAACGAGAUAUAUUCAAAUCUAUGUUUUGAAUAGCAUGUUCGCACGGAAAGGAUUCCCUCAGGUUGAAAUUGUUCAAUCGGAAGCCGAAAGAGUGAUUUAUGCAGGUCGUUCAGAAUUUCUAUUCGAUGUCAUUCGACCAAUCAAUAAUCGUGUGAAGCAUUUCGGCGGUGUCAGUAAAAUGAAUCCGAGAGACUAUGUGACAGUAAUACCUGGAGAGGAUGUGAACAAAAACAACCGCGUCAGCUGCAGAGCUCCCACGACUGGGUUGCGUUACCUGAACAACUCCACGGACAAUCCAAUAGGAGCCAAUUCGACUACUGUGCCACUGUCUUUCAUCAAUUGUGUUUGUUCGUCGAAAUCAGCGGCAGUUAAAGGACCCACAAAACGCCGAAGGGCUUGGCUCUAUGAGGGCGUGACCGCCGAUAAGGUGAAGAAACGGUUCAACUCUAUUUCGGAGGAAUUUCCACAGCUGGAAUGGCCAUCACUCACGACAAAGCCGUUCAUUCUGGUCAGCUUCGGGAGUGUUGCACAG